AUGGCAUCAAACAACGGGGAACACACUCCCAAACGAUUUCGCCAGAUGGAAGAGAAAGAACCGGCCAGUACACGCUAUAUCAAACUAAAUAUGGACAAAUAUGACAGUUCAGUUCAAGCCUACUCAGACGAGGACCUGGUUAAGAUAUUUGAGUUUGGACUUAAAGUCAAAGAAUCCGCCAGCUUGAAUUUAGAUGUCAACCAGAAGAUGAUGGAAGAUGCACUCAAUUCCAAAAUGAAACCAAUUCAUGAAACUGUUGCAAGAAUCGCGGAGCAGGUGGGAACACAAGUCCUUAAAGUACAGCAAGACGUCACUAUGGCGGUCAACAGCAACAUGACCAAAUUUGCGACGAACGUAUCGGACUUCAAACAGGAUUUAUCCGGCCAUUUGACCUCAAUCAGAGAUCAAUUGACAAGCCGUGUUGACGGAGUAGCGCAGAAAGUACAACCCCUAGCAGUGCUGAGCCAAAACAUUGGUUAUUCAGAACAGAAUAUCAAAACCGAGGUCACAGGUUCUGAAAGUCGAGUACAGCAGCAGAUUGCAGAAUGCAAGGAGAAACUUGAUGCGAUUUCUAACACUUUGGAAAAGCCCAACAAGAAAGGAGAUCGCGCCGAACGAAAUGUAGUAGCAAUUCUAACGCAGAACCUCCCAUGUUUUACCUUUAUUGAUACGUCUUCCGAGAUGGGGAAAGCAGACGUUGAGGCUCAUUCGCCAAACAACCACCAGAUCAUGAUCGAAGUAAAGAACAGGAAGCGACCAACAGAUAGAGAUGAAAUUGAAAAAUUCGAGAGGAACCUCGCCAAUUCUCCUCAGUUUAGGGUCGGUAUCUUGCUGUCUAUGACGAGCGGCAUUGCCAGGAAAUGUCGGGAAGGAAGGUUUGAAAUCGCUUUCAAUCAAAAUCAAAAGCAGUACCAAAUCUACGUGCCAAACGCCUCGAACGAGGAACACUUAAUCGAGUGGAGCGUGGUAAUGGCUGACCAGCUGGUGCAACUAGAAGGAGAGCUAGGGGAAAGGAAGACCAGUGAGUUGAACGAGAUCUACAAGAAGUUUGCAGCUAACAUAGAACACAGUAAACAAUGCAGAUCAAAUCUUGAGGCGUUGGAAAUUUGUGUUACUAAUCUGAAGGAAAACAUCCAGCCAAUUCUCGAGACCGUUAAUGAAACCAAAACAGAUAUAUACGAACUUUUACAUUCUUGA